UCCUCGACAAGUUUUCCAUUUCAUUUCUCGUCGUAUAACCAGUGCUGGUUCAUUCACUUCCAUCCAUCUCAUCGCUGAAUGACCUCUAAUUUCUUCGCCAUUAAUCUUCCAGAUUUCAGUCAAACCACCACGCCUUUUCUGACAUCCGUGGGAAACAUUGGUAAUAGCCAUGGAAAACACUCAAAGUUCCCCAUUUGGCCGACCUUCUCAAGUCUUCCAUGGCAUCCGCUUUCUUCUUCUUGGUUUCGAUCCACUCAAAAAGCCUGAGGUUUUACGGAAGCUUGUUAAUGGCGGUGGGGUUGAUGCUAGUCAAUAUGGUCCUAAUUGCACUCAUGUUAUUGUCGAUAAGCUUACCUAUGAUGAUCCCAUAUGUGUUGCUGCUAGGCGAGAUGGAAAGAUAUUAGUCUCUGGCUUAUGGGUUGAUCAUAGUUUUGACGUGGGAGUACCUGUGGAUACAACCUCGGUAAUGUACAAACCAGUGAGAGACUUGAAUGGCAUUACAGGUGCAAAGUCAUUGGUUAUAUGUUUAACAGGAUAUCAGCGCGAAGAUCGGGAGGACAUUAUGACCAUGGUUGAACUGAUGGGUGCACAUUUUUCAAAACCACUGAUAGCAAACAGGGUUACUCAUCUUAUAUGCUACAAAUUUGAAGGGGAGAAGUAUUUGCUUGCAAAGAAAAUGAAGAGAAUAAAGCUUAUCAACCACCGAUGGUUAGAAGAUUGUUUAAAGGCCUGGGAGAUUAUCUCUGAAGCAGAUUAUUGUAAGAGUGGUUAUGAGUUGGAGAUGGAGGCAGAAGCCAAAGAUUCUGAAGAGGAAGCAGAAGGCUUUGCUACAAGGCACCAUGAGGGGAAAAUGGCAAGUCCCCAUCAUUCUCUGAUGUUAAAGCAGGAAGUAACAAGAAGCCAAUCAAAUACUAGCGCGUCUAAAAGGCUUGGUAAUGCUGCAGACAUGGUGUCAAUGACUAUGAAAAGCACAUCUGAUCAAUUCCCUAAUGCCCGUGAGAUAAAAAGUAACCAUCCGCUUGUGCUUGGGUUCUCUAACACUGAGAAUGUGAUUGGUGUUACUGGUGAGCCAUCUAAAGUAUUCGAAGGAACUGCCAGCGGUUCAGCAGCACAAAACGAAACAGAUGCUGCUUCCAUAGCAGCCAACAAAUCUCCUUUGGAUGAAGCAGGAAAGGUAAUAUCUGCAAGUUAUUCUAGGAAAGUGCCGAGGAUGACCUCAGCAGAAAUAGACAUAACAAGCAAUAAGGGCAGUGCUAAAAAACUGGGUAAGCUUAAUCUCAGUGAAGCCUUCAAUACAUCUUCCUCUUUGGUAGAAAAAGUGAAUGAUGGGAGUGAGACUGUUUUGGCUGGUAUCAGGACUCCUUCCAAUGGUCCUGCUGUAUGCCUGGGAGGGGAGCAAUAUGGUUCAUCCACUGGUAAGAGGAAGAUGGAUGUUGCUUGUGGUAGUUCCAAACUACAAAGGAUGAGUCAGAAUGAUGGCACACCGAAUAGAGAAAGUACACAUGUGGAUAGUGCAUUUCAAGAGUUGAAAAAACAUUCCCAAGCUGAAAUGAGUAACCAUUUGUCAUCCGAGGCUGAUAUCCCUUAUUUGAAUGAUAGAGCUGCUGCCAGUCCUGCAGGGAUCCCACCCUCGAACAUUACCGGAAGGAAGUCCUCAAGUUCUAAGGGUAAAAGUGUAACAUGUGAUGUUCCUAUCUACAAAACGUCUGCGCCUGAGCUUGGGCAAGGUGAAAAUUUAGAUGAAGUGCGAAGACCACUAAAAGAAUCUAGUGAACCCAGCUCAGUAACAAAGUUUAACGACCGAGAUGCUGAUAUGGUACGACUUGAAUGUGCAAUGCCUGGAGCUCAAAAGCUAGAACAUGUGAUGCAACGCCUUGAGGAAUCAUCUCCUUCUGCAGUAAGGUCUGAUCUCGAGAAAUCUAGUACUCCGUACUUGGAGAUCAAUGAACUUGGUGCUGGAUCAAAUUCGAAACCAGUCAAAAGGAAGUCAGUUGGCAAGAAACUUUCUGCUCCUAAUCAGAAUCCAGGUACAAAGAAGACCGUGAAUCAGAAAGGCUCUAUUUAUUUGAAAAACAGCGAGCCAAAGAAUAAUGCAAAGACCUCUACCGUAGGUGUUCAGGGACUAGCUGAUAAUGAGAAUCUCCUUAAGUAUCAGAUGUUUGAGAGAGCUCCUCUAGCAGCCAAAUCAGGCCCAGAGAUGGGGAUGAAUGGUGACUUGCAAAUCCAGAACAUGUCUGGGAACAAGUCCUCAUACAUAGACGAUGAAACCGAGCCGCCAGAGGAUAAAGAGGAGGCAGGCAAAGAGAAGCACGAAGGUGUUGAACCAGAAAAAACUGUUGAUAUAGAUGAAAAAGCAAAAGAGGAUCUGCAUGAUAUAGAUGAAAAUAACGACAAAGAUGCAGACACAACUGAUUGUGAGAACGUAAUGCCCAUCAGGGACAAAGUUUUGGUGGAAAAAUCUGAUGAUACCAAGAAUCCUGUGAACGAUAAGACAUCUAAAGGGAGGAAGCUACCCCUGACUAAAAAAGCUAAGAAAAGAACUGCUCUGUCAGUGAAAGAGGUAACUGAUAGGAAGGCUGCAAAAAAGAAGGAACUUGCAAGUGACAAUGAUAAUGAGAAGGCAAAAGUUAGAGAAGAAGCGACUCCACUUCGAACUGUGAAAACCAAGAGAAAGGUAAAUGACUUGGAGAACUUUGUGGAAGUGGAGAGAGCCGAAGGUGGUCUUAAUGAUCCUGAGCACAUGAGUGAAGAAAAGCAUGACAAUGGAACUGAACAUGCGAAUUCACCAUCCAACAUGGAUGAUGUUCAGGCAGGGAAGCAUGCUGAUACAGAGAAUGUUGUGAACAAGAAGGCAGCUAAAAAAAAUAAAUGUCCUCCAAGUAAAACUAGGAAAGAUGUGGCUCUUUCUGUCAAAGAGGUAACUGAUUCAAAAGCUGUUAGCAAGAAGGGAAAACCAACUUCAAGUCGGACAGUUAAAACGUGUGAUAUGGAAGCACAAAAGGAGAAUAGGCUAAUUCCUGUUGAUCAAAGUACUUGUAUCAGUAACAGACAAGUUCUUAAAUCUGCUACAGAACUCCCUGAGAAGAUUAACCCCAAGCCUGAUCAGGCGAAGUCAGAUCCUAUGGCAGGGAGCCUGUCAAGAGCUGAACCUAUGUGGUUCAUAUUGAGUGGACAUAAGUUGCAAAGAAGGGAGUUUCAGCAGAUCAUUCGACGAUUGAAAGGAAGAGUAUGCAGAGUUUCUCACCAAUGGUCUUAUCAGGCAACUCAUUUCAUUGUCCCUGAUCCGAUGCGCAGAACAGAGAAGUUCUUUGCUGCUGCCGCAUCUGGAAGGUGGAUUCUGAAGACAGAUUACUUAUCAGCAAGUAACGAGGCAGGAAAAUUCUUAGCAGAGGAGCCAUACGAAUGGCACAGGAAUGGCCUAAGCGAAGAUGGUCAAAUUAACUUGGAGGCUCCCAGGAAGUGGAGGCUUUUGAAGGAAAAAACCGGCCAUGGUGCCUUCUAUGGAAUGCGUAUCAUCAUAUAUGGGGAAUGCAUUUCCCCUCCUUUGGACACCCUUAAGCGUGCGGUGAAGGCUGGAGAUGGGACCAUAUUGGCAACUUCCCCACCAUACACCCGCUUCUUAAACAGUGGUAUCGACUUUGCCAUUGUUAGUCCGGGAAUGCCACAUGUUGAUAUAUGGGUUCAAGAAUUCUUGAGACAUGAGAUACCAUGCAUCUCGGCUGAUUACUUGGUGGAAUAUGUAUGCAAACCUGGAUUUCCCCUGGAAAGACAUGUCCAAUAUGAUACAGAUGCUUGGGCUGAGAGAUCGUAUAACAAUCUAAAGAAUCGGUUAAGAGAAGAAAUGAAUGAAGCUAGAACUCCGGAAAGCAACGAUGUGGCAUGCGAGGUGUGUGGAUUGCGUGAUAGAGGUGAAGAAAUGCUGAUAUGUGGAAACGAGAGUGGUUCGAGUGGAUGUGGGGGUGGCACCCAUAUUGACUGCUGUGAUCCACCACUGGAAGAUGUUCCUGAGGAGGAUUGGUUUUGUCCAAGGUGUAGGAAGAGCAGUACAAGUAAUAAAAAGAAGAGUAGCAAAAGGAAAGGUAAGUGAGGCAUCCUGACCUUCAGACCUUCCUCUGUUGAUGACAUACACUUCCAGUUCCUUGUCCAUCUAGACAGAAUAGGAUAAGGCAAAACAAGUCAGCAAUGUUUGGUUAGAUGUAAUUAGACAUAACAAAAUAAGAUUAAAUGAUCAAGAAGUUGUUUAUA